UAUGAUACUCUCUGACAUGCUAAACUACGCUUAGUGGUAGUUUGACAAUGCUGUGAACAGGAAAAUUCUGUCCUUUCUUUCAUUGAAUUUCUCUAACCGUUUCUUUCUGUCUGUUUAAACUGAUCUUACUAAUGUAGGGAAAUCAUUGCUCUUCUGGAAGACCUUCUGUUCCAUUUCACCGGGACUUCCCACCUGCAUCUGUAUGUCUUGGAUAAUAUUAAUACCCUAGGCCGUUGUGUUUUUGCUUAGAGCAGAAGUCAUUACAAGGACAAUGCCUGUUUGUCCUUUCCCUUUCUUUGAAAUAGUUUUCAAUCUUUUGCUUUCCUUUUGCCUUUCCAGGUAUGCGUGUGUGACGUUAACUGGUUGUGAUGUUCUUAUGCCUGAACUAGCAGUCUCUGGAGGUUGCUCUAAGGCCUGAAAAGUUGACUGGAAACAACACCAGAGUGGAGGUUACAACACUGUGUGGCUUUCUAGAAGAUGACCAUAGAGGAUCUCCCAGAACCUUCCGUAGAAGGAGAUUCCCUCAUUGAAAGAGAACGGUUCUUAUUCUCAAACUCUGAAACAUCUGUUACUUUUUCUGUUGCUGCAGCACCAAUGCCUUCAGACUGUGAGUUUUCCUUCUUCGAUCCCAAUGACGCAGCAUGCCAAGAAAUACUCUUCAACCCCAAAACAUCAGUUUCUGAAUUGUUUGCUAUCUUAAGGCAGUGGGUUCCACAGGUCCAGCAGAAUAUUGAUAUUAUUGGGAAUGAGAUCAUUAAAAGGGGUUGCAAUGUGAAUGACAGAGAUGGACUGACUGAUAUGACUCUCCUGCAUUACACUUGCAAAUCAGGGGCUCAUGGUAUUGGUGAUGUUGAAACUGCUGUAAAAUUUGCGACACAGCUUAUUGAUUUGGGUGCUGAUAGCAGUUUACGCAGCCGCUGGACAAAUAUGAAUGCCUUGCAUUAUGCUGCCUACUUUGAUGUUCCAGAACUUAUUAGUGUUAUUUUGAAAAAUGCAAAGCCAAAAGAUGUGGAUGCCACCUGUAGUGAUUUUGAUUUUGGAACAGCUUUGCAUAUUGCUGCAUUUAACCUAUGUACAGGAGCUGUCAAGUGUUUACUGGAACAUGGAGCAAAUCCUGCCUUUAGGAAUGACAAAGGGCAGAUUCCAGCAGAUGUGGUUCCUGAUCCAGUAGAUAUGCCACUGGAAAUGGCAGAUGCAGCGGCCAGUGCAAAAGAAAUCAAGCAGAUAUUGCUGGAUGCAGUGCCUCUCUCCUGUGACAUCUCAAAAGCCAUGAUUCCAAACUAUGAUCAUGUCACAGGCAAGGCCAUGCUUUUAUCGCUUGGCCUGAAACUGGGAGAUCGUGUUGUUAUUGCAGGACAGAAGGUUGGUACGUUAAGAUUUUGUGGCACAACGGAAUUUGCCAGUGGCCAGUGGGCUGGUGUAGAGCUCGAUGAACCAGAAGGAAAGAACAAUGGAAGUGUUGGAAAAGUCCAGUACUUCAAGUGUGCACCGAAACGUGGUAUCUUUGCACCUCUUUCUAAAAUAAGCAAGGCUUCUGAUCACAGAAAAAGCUCUGUACGAAGUUCUUCCAUGCGGUCUUCACCUUUGGUCAAAUCCAAGAAAAUAGAUGUGACGCACAUAACUUCCAAAGUGAAUUCUGGCCUACAUAUGGCAAAAAAAGACAGUGUUUCUGAAACCAACUUUAUGACUGCUAACAGGCGAAAAACUGUAUCUGCAAAAGAUGGUUUUCCUGGGUAUAGCAGCUCUUCCUCUUCUACUACGUCCUUGGAAGGCAAACAGAAUUACUCCAAGAAGCGGAACUCAACUAGCAGCAAUAAAAAGGCGGUGACUCGAGUGUCUUCUGCCUCAUCUAAAAUUAGUGCUGGGUUGUAUGGUUCUUCUCCAUCUACGAGGAAAAAUCCUUUUGAUGAAGGAGAAAUUCAGGUUGGAGACAGAGUACUGGUGGUAGGACAGAGGACAGGCACUGUUAGAUUUUGUGGGACAACAAAAUUUGCACCAGGAUUCUGGUGUGGAAUUGAAUUGGACAAGCCUCAUGGGAAGAAUGAUGGUUCCGUGGGAGGCGUUCAGUACUUCAGUUGUCUUCCUAGAUACGGUAUAUUUGCACCACCAUCUCGUGUACAGAGGCUAACAGGUUCUCUGGAUUCUCUCGCAGAGACUUCGUCGAGUAAAAUAAAUCACACUUUUCCAGGUUUUAGACGCAGUCUAAGCACCACUUCUGCAUCUUCACAAAAGGAGAUAAACAGAAGAAACUCCUUUGUCAGAUCCAAGAGCUCUGUGUUACGGCGCAGCUGGAGUAAUACCACUACGGCUAAUGCUGAGGGACCAGUGAAGCUGCAUGAAGGCUCUCAGGUUCUUCUGACCAGCUCCAAUGAAAUGGGGACAAUCAGGUACAUUGGUCCUACAGACUUUGCACCAGGGAUAUGGCUCGGACUUGAACUCAGAAGUGCCAAGGGAAAGAAUGAUGGCUCUGUGGGGGAAAAGCGCUAUUUCACCUGUAAGCUGAACCACGGGGUCUUAGUUCGACCUAGCAGAGUAACCUAUCGUGGGAUUAAUGGGGCAAAACUUGUAGAUGAUAUUUGCUGAGCCAGAAUGUGCUCAUACAAUAGGAAAUAAGUAUUUUAAAGCACACAAGAACCCCAUCUGGAAUGCAAACUUUUUUUUUUAAUUAAUAAAUCUGCAUUUGCAUUUUACAUAUAUAUAAGUAUAUAUGUAUAUGUGUGUAUAUAUAAUAUAUAUUUAUAUAUAUAUAUAUAAAAAUAUAGAGAGAUAAAAAAGGUUCAUUUACAUUAAGAAGUAAAACCACUAUUCUGUUUCUCUUAGUGAAACAGCCCUUGCCUGGGAAGGUUAUUGCAAAAGCAUCUUGGGUUUGAGAUGCUGUGUUAUUUGAAUAAUGUCCCAGUUAGAGAAUGCGAGCAUCUCCAACGUUCUCUAAAGUUGCUUUGUGAUUCAUGCUGUAUUUAAACGAUUUUCCUCUACGUAGUAAUGAACUGAUAGUGCUUUGUGCAUUGCCUGCUUUUGACAGAGGAGGUGGUUAAUGAGUGACAUUAGUCUGGUUACCAGGCACUUUGUCAAUUCCAAUACCAGCUGCUAGCAAUAAGAAAGCAAAAAAAAAAAAAAAGACCCCUUUUUCAAGCAGUUGUGAAGUAUUUUUACAUUUUAUCAUACAGAUCCUUCCUCUUCUUUCCCCCUCCUAUUCUCCCCUCUAGAACGCAAAAGGGCUGAUAAAAUACAAGGAGUUGCAGUUAUCCUAGUGAACAGCAGCAAUUAAAUAAAAAGCCUUUAAAAAGCACAAAUAUGCUGCAUGUCAGUCUGUAUAGUAAAAAGCACUUUUUGUUGUAUGCAUUUGUAGAAAGAGCUAUGUAUAAGAGGCACUCUUUAAAAUAAUGCACUUUGCACUCUCCUGGAGAGCUUUCCCUCAUUUUUAAAGACUUUUUUUGUUUGGUGUGCUGUAGGCUAUGAGUAUCACAGUUUUUAAAUGCAAAUAAACCCAGAGUGGAACUAUACAUAAUAGCCUCAUCAUAAAUAUUCAGUCUGUAUAAAUACAGCAUGGUAAUUCCUGCCAGUGGUAUGGAUUAUAUGCAGGGUUUUCAAGCAAGCUAUUAACCUUAUUUGAUUUGUUUGUGAUACAUGUUUCUUUUUGUUUCCUUCAGAACAGUUUCCAGUAUAAAUUUCUUGUUUAAGUCUUUUAUGAUAAAUUAAGGAUAGUUUUAGGUGCAGCAUUGUUACACACCUUGAUGUGACAUUAUUUGCAUAUCAGCCUUUUAAAAAACCACCUAAUAUUUUGUCCAUGUUUUAAACAUAUAUUUUAAUUGUUCAGCAUAUGUAGACAUUAUCUUAUCAGGAUGGUUUUGUGUUCCAGAACAGUCAUUUUAUUCUUAAAUGAUCUGCUUGCUCUUACCUACUUGAAGAAGUGACACUUUAAAUUACAUCAUAAUAUCCUAUUUUUAGACAGAAUUUUGCUGCUGUUACUUUCUUUUAAAUAUUGCUGUAGCUAUUUUUCCUGAGUUGUAUUUAAAAUAAUGCCUAUUGUAUUCUAACUUAUGGGAAAUUUUAAUUGAAUUUAAAAGCUGUAAAUUUUGAAUGUAAAAAAAUUAAUGCUUUAUAUUUGAAGGUGCAGAUAUUCAGUGAUGUACUGAACUUUACUUUGUCCAAUAUCUGUUUCUUGCUGGUAUUAGUAAAAUGGAAACCCUGGUGAA